AUGAAUGUCCAGACCACACAAGAAGUGAUAUUCAGUGGAUCCUGCAAAACAAUGGAUGAUAUCCUACAGACAGUCAAAGAGAAGCACAAAACUAAGUAUGAGAGCUUCUUUGAGGGAAUCAAGCAACAGGACAAGAAAACCCUCGGUAACAGGAUUGACACACAACUAUGGGUCAUAGAAGGGGAGGGUGUUAGGAUAAACGAAGAGCAUGAGGUUUUACAGAUGGAACAAACACCCCGGCCUCAACCAAUUCAGGACAUGCCAAUCAACUGCAAUGGCAUUUUUUUGCUCUCUCAAGAACCUGGAUAUCAGGAGAGAAAAGAAAGGAAAGCAAAAAUAAAGACUGUUCUCACUAAAGGCAUCGCUGGAAUUGGAAAAACAGUCUCUGUGCAGAAGUUUGUUCUGGACUGGAUUGAGGGAAAAGCCAAUCAGGACAUAGAUUUUAUUUUUGUACUUCCAUUCCGCAAGCUGAAUUUGAUUAGACAUGACCAAUCCAGUCUUCAUAGACUUCUGCUUGACUUUUACCCUGAACUCAAAUGUCUACAACCAGAAGCAUAUGAUACAUGGAAAAUUGUGUUCAUUUUUGAUGGCCUCGAUGAAAGCAGAAUUCCACUGAAUUUUUCAGGAAGUGAGAACGUUUCUGACAUGACAACAUCGUCAUCAUUAGAUGUGCUAAUAAUAAGUCUCAUCAAAGGAGAAAUCCUUCCCUCUGCUCUCAUCUGGAUAACCUCCAGACCAGCAGCUGCUAAUGACAUCCCCUCCGAAUACAUCACCCGUAUAACGGCUAUCAAGGGAUUUACUGACUCUCACAAGGAGGAAUACUUCAGGAAGAGAAUCAGUGAUGAGCAUCAAGCCAACAAAAUGAUUUCACACAUCACAACAGAAAAGACCCUUUGCAUUAUGUGCAACAUACCAGUCUUCUGUUACAUCUCUGCCAUUGUACUUCAGAAAUUACUGGAACAAGAUAAAGCAAUGCCUAAAACUCUGACUGAAAUGUACACACACUUAUUGCUUAUUCAAACAAACACAAAUAACCAAAAGUAUGGUGAGAGAGAUGGGAAAGACCCAAAGGAGCUGCUCCAGUCAAAUCGAGAAGUGCUUUUGAAACUUGCCGAGCUGGCCUUCAAACAGUUAAUGGAGGGCAAUAUCAUGUUCUAUGAUCAAGACUUGAAGGAGUGUGGCAUAGACGGAAAUGAGGCUUCAGUGUACGCUGGAAUAUGCACUGAGAUUUUUAAGGAAGAAUCUGUGCUUCAUCAGAGGAAGGUUUAUAGCUUCAUACAUCUGAGCUUUCAGGAGUUUCUGGCCGGGGUCCAUGUGUUUUACUGUUAUGCAAUCAGUAACACAGAGGCACCACCAUUUUUUGAUUUCCUACACAGUUUGCAUAGAGCAGCAGUUGAUAAAGCCCUCGAUAGUAGGAAUGGACACCUGGAUCUGUUCCUUCGAUUCCUGCUGGGCAUCUCACUGGAGUCCAAUCAGAGACUCUUUCAAGGUCUACUGAUACCAACAGAAAACAUGUCUGCUAGCAUCCAGAAAACCGCAGAGUACAUAAAAGACAAAAUUAAAGAUGAUCAACUCAUACCUGAUAAAUCGAUCAAUUUGUUCCUCUGUCUACUUGAAAUGAAGGACCAGUCUCUUUGCAGAGAGAUUCAGGAGUUUCUGAAAUCAGAAACAUGUUCCGAGAAAAAACUCUCGGCUGCACACUGUUCAGCAAUAGCCCACAUGCUGCAGAUGUCGGAGGUCACGUUGGAUGAGUUUGACCUGAAGAAAUACAACACAUCAGAGGAAGGUCAGAGGAGACUGAUACCAGCAGUGGGACAUUGUAGAACCGCUCAACUUUCUGAUAGUAACCUGAGCGAUCAGUCCUUUGAAAAUGUGGCCGCAGCUCUUAAACUGCCAAACUCUCCCCUACGAGAACUGGACCUGAGCAACAACGACCUACGGGAUUCUGGAGUGAAGCUGCUCUCUGCUGGACUUGGGAUCCCACACUGUAAACUGGAGAUCCUGAGACUGUCUGGCUGUUUAAUCACCGAGAAAGGCUGUUCGUAUCUGGCUUCAUCUCUAUGUUCAAACCCCUCACACCUGAGAGAGCUGGAUCUGAGCUACAAUCAACCAGGGGAGUCAGGAGUGAAAAAGCUGUACGCUAAACUGGAGGAUCCCAACUGCAAACUGGAGACACUCAAUGUGGCCUUUGGGGGAUGGGUCAGAAUCACACCAGGACUACAGAAAUAUGCCUGUGACCUCACGCUGGACUCGAACACAGUAAACGUAUGUCUUUCUCUGUCAGAGAAGAACACAAUGGCGACAUAUGUGAAAGAGGACCUAUCAUAUCCCGAUCACCCAGAGAGAUUUGAUGUCCGACCACAAGUUCUGUGUAGAGAGAGUCUGUCUGGACGCUGUUACUGGGAAGUUGAAUGGAACGGAGUGAUUGAUGCAGCUGUGUCCUAUCAUGGGAUCGGCAGGAAAGGAAGCGGCAAUGACUCUUACUUUGGGCACAACGAAACGUCCUGGAGAAUGUACUGUGGUGACAGUAGGUUUUCUGUCUGGCAUGACAUGAAGUCUAUUGACAUAAAUGCACCUUCAUCUUGUUCCAACAGAGUAGCAGUGUACGUGGACUGUCCAGCCGGCACUCUGUCCUUCUACAGUGUCUCGUCUGACACACACACACUCACACACUUGCACACGUUCCACUCCAGAUUCACUGAGCCUCUCUAUGCAGGGUUCACGGUUUACAAUGGAUCGUUUUCUCUGUUGGAUACUACUGGAAAAGCUGUUGUCCUUAGGAACACGUAUUAAAAGCGCUGUUUACUUUUUAAACCUUUUUUACUCUGUUAGAUACCCCCAUGGCCCUGAUUGGUGCGUCUGAAAUGGGAACGUUGGAUGUCUUGCAAAUCAUGCUACAGGCU